UUCUGAGAAGCUCCUGACGCUUCUGACUGUUGCUGGCAUUGGGUGCCAGGGGUGAUGUGGGUACAGCCUGAUGGAGACCGCGGGCUGUCCUAGCUGUCUGCAAACCUGGGCGCAGAGAAACGAUGCAUGUGGAAGCGAGUCUGUUAAGCUGUGCAAACACCCUGUAAACCAUCAUCCCUUUUCAAACCAACAGCCUCGGGCACGUUGUGCAGUGCUGAGGGUCUCCAUCCCCUGCAGUGUCUCCGUGCUGACUUGCACACUGACAGGUGUGUUUUAUUUUCGAGGUGUUCACUGUUUCCCUUUAAGCACUGACACUUUUACUGAGCUUGCAUGUCCUGCCUGCAACUGCCUUAGGUUCUUUCAUUUAUUUAUUUUCUUUUUGCGACUAUAGAACAGUAGCCUCAAUACACAAAUACUCAAAAAUGCUUUUCUGUAAGAUCCGUUCAUAUUCCAGGUCUAAUGAGGACUUGAUCUUUGUUAGUGACUGAUUAGCGUGUCUCGCUUGUGGGCUAUGGGGGUGUUAAAAAGUCUGUCUUGUGUUUAAAAGCUCAGAUUUCCAACCAGAUGCAUCCAUCAUCUUCAAAAGCAGUGUGGGAGAAGUGCACUGAGAUUUUGUUCUUUUGAGCCACUGGUAUUUGGCAUCCAAAUAAACAGGUGUUCUGGCACGGGAGCAGAGGAGCCCUCGUCUCGGAGCUCCUCUUGUCACAUGGGGAUCUGCAGGCAGUUUCUAAGAGAGCUACAUUUAGUAAUGAAAGAUUUUUCUUUUCUGGGAGACUGGUGAUUAACGGGGUUCCUAGAGUCUGUGGCAGGGUAGGCUGGCGCAAGAGGUAAAUGCAGCCCAAAAAUCCCCUUGGGUAGAAUUAAACUCUGAAAGUAAAUCACAGAGCUGCUCUGCGAACCUUCGGCCUUAGAGCAAAUAUCUGGGAAUCUGUCAGCCCCGGCGUUCUGUGCACGUCCCAGUGAGGUCACGUCUGCUGUCACCAGUGGGCAGAUGCUGGGCUGACCCUUGAACCUCUAAGGAACUCCAGGUCUAAAAGUCUUAGAAAUGGGGAAUUUUGCCACACGAGAUGAAACGUGUCAACGUUUGUCAACAUUUUGUGUGCAGGUCUCCCCACAGCCUGAUGUCUUAUCUUGAGGCUUUGACCUCUUGGUCUGGCCUUCUUGGUUGCUUGAUGUGGAGAAAUCCAGGAUGGAUGGCAUGGAAAAAGCCACCUGAUAUCAGUCCCGUCUUGCCUGAGCCCUGCCAGGGGUGGCUGCAGAAGACAGGCUGGUCCUUGGGAGGACCAAGGCAGCCAACAGUCAGUGUUAACUUUGUUCCUUGGCUUCCAAGCACUGCCGAUUCCAAGAAUAAGGCAAACCCUGCGGUGGCCUUACCAGGGACCUCGCUGACGUCAACGCGUGCCUGUCCGCUAACCUCGCUGGGCUUUGGGUCAGGUUUCUGUGCAGGCUGGGCAUUGACAGCAAAGAGCUGAAGGGCUGGCCGGGGUCACUCCGGUCUUGGCCAAGGUAACUCGAGCAAAGACAAGGGGCAAGGCCUGUCGGGAAGGUCAGUCCAGAUGCGACUGAAGGCACAGGGAGUUUGCGCAGCCCUCUGUCUUGAGCGUUUUUUACACUGAACAUCUCUUACAGAGCUGCUGAGGGGCCUCUUGACACGCAUCUCAUUUAAAUAUUUGUUUAUCUGUGUGUCCCCAGGGCGCACUGAAAAUCCCUGAGGGUGCCCGAGUUGAGGCACCCAAGUGUCUGCACAGGGUCGGUGCUGCAGCACAGCUUGGUUUUAUUUUAUACUUCAAUACGAGCAGAUGCAAACAUUAACACGAGAGCUUUGUGUUGUAAAGCCGGCUCCCUGAGCAGCUGGGGACGUGCCUUAGGAAGUUCUGGCUUUAAAAGGACCUUGAUCCUGGCUGGGGUGGCGUUGGAGAGGACUCGAAUGCCACUUUUUGGUGCUUUUGUGUUGUGGAGUGCCGCAUGCGUUGUGGGCUGCUGUGGAAUCCAUUGCAACUCGUGUGACACUGAUAAAUCCAGAUGCAAGCCUAGAUUUCCAAGUUGUGUAUGAAUAACAUCAGCUGGCCAGGAAACAUUGCUGCCUGGCUUUGAGCUCUGCAUAGCAAACAAAGAAGCAGAAAUAACAAACACUGGGUUUACUUAGGAGUAAUGUGAAUUUGUUUUUUACUGUAAGCAGGGGAGGACAGUGACUUUUACUGAGUGUGACCGUCUCAAACCACAGCUUCUCCUUCAUUUGCUGCCUGUUGUGCAUGCUGUGGAUGUCUGCUCCUCAACCUCUCCUCUGUGGUCACCACGUUGGUACCUGGAGCGUCUUGGUACUUUACUGAGUGUUCUCCUGCUCCGCUCCUUCCCCACGCAUGUGCCGCAAGGCAUUUUGGCACCAAGGAGCAAGCAGAAGUAGCAUUUAAAACUUAAAAGAUUCCAGAUACGAGCAUGGCUCAGACACAGCUGCUGGAGGAGGAAUGCAGAUUCCUCCCAGGUGUUUACAUUGUGGUGUGGCCACACAUAAAUACACCCCAGAUAAAGUUGGGUUCGUAGGUUAGUUUCCUCUCUUCUUUUUAAGCUCCAAUUUGAAAUCCACACCCUGGGGAGCAUGCAACUGUAUAUCUGUUAGCUGCAUUCCCUGCUGUGGUGUCAACUUGAUGGUUGGAGCUUCACAUUCUUAAAUGUCAGCGAUUAGGUGUUAGAAGUUCCUCUCUUCCUGCUGGAGGAGGUUGGAAGAGGCCCCUGAGAACUGUUUGCUGGAGGAAAUGAGAGUUGCCAGGAUCCCCUGUUUCUAUGAAGUCUACGUGAUCCCUUCGUCUUGUGAAGGGUGAAAUCCUGGCACUGCCAUUUCAGCCCCAUCCCUGGCCAGGUAGCAGAGCCUGGUCCUUGUGAUUCAACAAUCAGCUUCUGCUGCUGUUCUGUAUGAAGAGGUGGCUUUGCUGGGAGACUGAGUCUCCUUCCCUGUUGACGGGGUCUCUGACACUUACAUUUUCCCCAAUGCUGUGCAAAUAAUUUUGCGAGUUUUAUUCACAAAGGAAAAUGCUCAUAUUGCACUUGGGGGAGGUUGCACGCUAAUGAAACCAAAAAUUAGGUUGCCUUGCGUGACGUUUAAUUUUGAGGGGAUGUGGGCUACAGCACCCCCAAAUGUGUCCUUGAGUGCAUCUCCCGCUGAGGUGGAGCCUGCAGCGGUUAUCUGAAACAACAGGAACGUAAAUUGAAUGAGCAGUCCGGUUAAAUAAGUAAUGAAGUUAGCAGGGUGCCUAAUUAAAUUAAAUUCAAAAUUAUGUAUGGAUGAUGCCUUCCUAAUAAUCGCUGCAGGUUUGUCACUGAGGUGCUCCACGCUGCCUUCCUGGAGGGACGUUCCCUUUUCUCCGAUGGAUACCUCGGUACCACAGAGGGAUGCGUUUUACCUUCAGUUUGCUUUGGCUCCUUCCUGAUGCUCUUGUGACCAUUGCGGUUUUCUGUAUGGAUGGAGUUUGGGUGAUUUCAGUCUCUGCUGUUUAUAUGUUGCUUUUUUCCCCUCCCUACAAAGCAUUUCUGCUUUGCUGCUGCCCUCCUGGACCAGCCCUCGUGCUUUUUCCUUGGUCCCUGUGCCACACUGAUCUUGUAGGGACUGUCCCCUGUCCCACCGCGUGUCUGGGGAGUCGUUCCUGCCUUUGCAAAGCAAUUUCUUAAUUCCCUUCUUUCUGGGCCUCUUUCAAACAGCAGCACUUCGAAGGUGUGUGUGUUGGUUUGGGGAUCAGCAUUAAGCUGAGGCAGAAAAAUGGUUUCAAAGUGAGGGAAAGCUGCUGAAAUUAAAGACAAUUGAGAAGACGCAGCCAUCCCAGCCACCAAAGGAGAUUGUGCUGUGUCCAGACAGCACGUCGAGGACAGUCUCCUGCUGUCCUGGGCACUCGCAGGCGCUUGGCGCGUUUUGAAGAUGGGUUGUCGAGGCAGAGCUGGCUCCGGCUGGCGAUUACUGACCUUUGAGGUAAUGUGUCCUUAAUAGAAGGAUGUGAGUACAUCAGAGGAAGAAUUAUCAUGGUUGUAACCAUCUUUUCACCUCUUUUGGGGAGGGCAGGUCUAUUAAAGGACCUGUGCUCCUGCCCCUCCUGGAAAGGGAUGCUGGAUUUUCUGAAGGCAAGAGAAGAUGUGGGGAAGAGGGGAGCCAAAAUGACCAGAGCUCUCUUGCUGAUUUGUAAUUUCUUCUUUUUGUUUUUUAAUUCCUCUCUCUACUGUUCAUUUUGCACCAGGGCUUAUGUAUAAAGUCCCAGACGGUGUUGUCAAUGUCGUUUUCAAGCUUGGGUGAAAGGGGGCAAGGCUCUUGGGGUCCACAGCUGCUGGUGCAUGUCGGGGGAAGAGGCCGUUGUGUGGGAAUCAACACGUGCAUUGCAGAGGGACACCUGGGACAGCAGCUCGGUGAUCAGUUACAGAAGAUCUCUGUCACAUUUGGGGCAGACUCUGGUUCUUCUUUGUUGAUCAUCUCCCUGGGGAAGCCUCCUGAAGAUUAUCAGGAGGCUUUGCACCCAGUUUUUCUCCAGGAAUGGUGAAUAAUUUGCAACAAGUUUCCCUGCGCUGCUUUAUCAGAGAAUCUGAAGGUCCUUUGCAAACCUUUAAUUAGUCCUUGAUUUGCAUUGGCACCUGCAUGCCUAGUUCCCUUGUGACUGAGCAGCGAGAUGGAUGAACCUCCUUAUCCCCAGGCUCCCGGCGUGGAAAAGUGGAAGUAGAAGGAUCCUGGCCAGAGAGGAAUUAGAAAAUCACAAGGUCUUAGUGACUGAUAGAGCUAAGCGACUUGUACGGGUGCAGUGACCUGAGCAGGGCUCUGCGCAUUUCAUGCACAGUUGCUUUAAAGAGAUGCUGAUCAUUUUCAGCAUGACCUGCUAAUUACUAGAGCAGAUGAAAGCCUUUUUCUUUUUAAAUCCUGCUCCCCCUGUAUGUCCUUUUCUCUCUCCUCCUUCUCCAAGUCCUUAUCUAAGCUAAUCAACACAACACAAACAACUGAAAAAGCCAUAUUCUUAAGCAGCUGUUAACUAGAAAGGAGGCAGCAGGAGUUGAGCCCUUCAGGACGGACUCGCCUGGUGUCACCCAUGGCUUUUAACAGCCCAAGUGACAGCUACCAACUCAGAACAGAAAAGGCUUAAGCUGAGGUCCUAAUAUGCAGUGACCUGUAUCUUCUGUGGAUUUUUUAGAAGACGAAAGUGUGGAAUUUCAGUAGUCACAAGGGGCUUCCCAGGUAUCUGAUACAUCCUGGAUUAAAAAAAAGAAUAACAAUAUCUACAUAUCUUUUGCUGGUAAGUCUUCCAAAGCUCAAGGUGUAUGGUUAGGUCCUUCAAGGAGAGUCUUUCCAUCUCAAAUGGGCAUUUAAUGCUGAUUCAGUGUCUCCCAGCAGCAGAAAUCACAACUAGGGGAAGGUAUUGUUAAUAUGGUGCAGAAGUAAUGUCUGUGUCUGCAUCAAACUAAUCACUUGGGUUUGUUUUCUCCCAUGUUUCAAGGUUUUUCUUAUAUGGAGCCGUGGGAGGGAUUUUCCAGUGUCCUCUGCUCUGUUUUAGAUGAAUAUUUAAAAGUUUUGUGCUCGUGGUGGUAACAGAGUCGGCCGAGACGGCGAACAAAACUCGUCUUCCGAAUUUCAGCUGCGGCGAUGCGUUGGAAGGAAGCUGAGCAAGUGGACAUGAUGUUUAAAUAGUGUGUCCCGAAUUGCUUUCAUUUGGUUCUUAUUUUGUAAGCCAUUGGCUGCGUUUGCUGUCCUUUAGAAAUCAGCGGCUUCUUAUGAAAUAUGGAGCUGUUUAAAAACAGACAGCAGCUGCUCCAUCCUUGCGUCAGCGAGGGCUCGGCAGAAGGAAGGGGAAUGGUAGACGGUUGUUUAGCUGAGAUAUUCUUCAUCGCUGCUGUCGUACUGUGUUAACAGAAGGUCUGAUCAAAUAUACACCAGGAAAUUGUUGCGUGACGUGGAAAACACGCCCAUGAUGAAGAGGAGCUCUCGGCUCUCCUAAUCCUUUGUCGGCGAUUUGGAAGCGGCGGCCGCCGUGCCUGCUUUUCCGACAUGUCUGGAUCGACGCAGCCCGUGACGCAGAGCUGGCGCGCCGCCGAGCCGCGCUACCCCCCGCACGCCAUGUCCUACCCGGUUCAGAUCACUCGGCCGCACGCGGACGUGGCGCUGUUGGAGUACCAGCAUCAUUCCAGGGAUUUUGUGUCCCACCUCCCGCCGGGGUCGAUCAUGCAGCCGCAGCGGCGGCGGCCGUCCCUGCUCUCCGAGUUCCAGCCGGGCAAUGAGAGAUCUCAGGAGCUGCACCUGAGAACGGAGGCGCACCCCUAUCUCUCUGACCUGACCAAGCCGUCGGACUUGGAGUUCAUUGAAAGCAAGAGACCGCGCCUGGACCUGCUGCAGGACCCCCUGAUGCGGCACUCGCCUCUCCUGAACCAGAGCCAGCAGGGAGGGACAGAGGAUCUCUCAAAGGAUCGUGGCCUGUCUGGCAAACUGGAGCCCGUGUCCCCUGUGAGCCCUGCGCACCCCGAGGCCGAGCUAGACCUGCUGCCGGCCCGGCUGUCCAAGGAGGAGCUCAUCCAGAACAUGGACCGCGUGGACCGGGAGAUCACCAUGGUGGAGCAGCAGAUCUCCAAGCUGAAGAAGAAGCAGCAACAGUUGGAGGAAGAAGCAGCCAAACCACCAGAGCCUGAAAAACCCAUCUCACCGCCUCCUAUCGAGUCCAAACAUCGCAGCUUGGUGCAGAUCAUCUACGACGAGAACAGGAAGAAGGCAGAGGCUGCCCACCGCAUCCUGGAAGGACUGGGGCCGCAGGUGGAGCUGCCAUUAUACAACCAGCCUUCAGACACCAGGCAAUACCAUGAAAACAUUAAAAUAAACCAGGCAAUGCGGAAAAAGUUAAUUUUGUACUUUAAGAGGAGAAAUCAUGCUCGCAAACAGUGGGAACAGAAGUUUUGCCAGCGCUAUGACCAGCUGAUGGAGGCCUGGGAAAAAAAAGUGGAGCGCAUCGAAAACAACCCCCGGCGCCGUGCCAAAGAGAGCAAAGUGCGGGAAUACUAUGAGAAGCAAUUCCCGGAGAUUCGGAAGCAGCGGGAACUGCAAGAGCGGAUGCAGAGGUUAGAGGAGAAGCGCAGGGUAGGACAGAGGGGCAGCGGCGGGCUCGCCAUGUCGGCCGCACGCAGCGAGCACGAGGUGUCCGAGAUCAUCGACGGGCUCUCGGAACAAGAGAACCUGGAGAAGCAGAUGCGCCAGCUCGCCGUCAUCCCGCCCAUGCUCUACGAUGCUGACCAGCAGCGCAUUAAAUUCAUCAACAUGAACGGCCUCAUGGAUGACCCCAUGAAGGUCUACAAGGAUCGGCAGGUGAUGAACAUGUGGAGCGAGCAGGAGAAGGAAACCUUCCGGGAAAAGUUCAUGCAGCAUCCGAAGAACUUCGGCCUGAUCGCAUCCUUUCUGGACAGGAAGACGGUGGCAGACUGCGUCCUGUACUACUACCUGACCAAGAAGAAUGAGAAUUACAAGAACCUUGUAAGAAGGAAUUACCGGCGGCGCGGGAAGAGCCAGCAGCAGCAGCAAAUGCCUCGGAGCAGCCAAGAAGAGAAGGAUGAAAAAGAGAAAGAAAAGGAGAAGGAGGGAGAGAAGGAAGAAGACAAGCAGGAAACAGAAAAUGACAAGGAAGAACUGACAAAGGACAAGAACGACGACACGUCCGGGGAAGACAAUGAUGAGAAAGAAACUGUCACCUCCAAGGGUCGCAAAACCGCCAACAGCCAGGGCCGGCGCAAAGGCCGCAUCACCCGCUCCAUGGCCAACGAGGCCAACAACGAGGAGGCGGCUGCCCCACAGCAGAGCACGGAGCUGGCUUCUCUGGAGAUGAAUGAAAGCUCUCGCUGGACCGAAGAGGAGAUGGAGACAGCUAAAAAAGGUCUCCUUGAGCAUGGGCGGAACUGGUCGGCCAUUGCCAGGAUGGUGGGCUCCAAGACCGUGUCGCAGUGCAAAAACUUCUACUUCAACUACAAGAAGAGGCAGAACCUGGACGAGAUCCUACAGCAGCACAAACUGAAAAUGGAGAAAGAAAGGAACGCCAAGAGGAAGAAGAAAAAAGGCACCGCCGUUCAAAACGAAGAAGCCGCCUUCCCUCCCGCAGCCGAGGACGAGGAGAUGGAGGUGUCGGGGACGAGCGGCAAUGAGGAGGAGAUGGCCGAGGAGGCGGAAGCUGCAGUAAAUAACAGCUCCGACACCGAGAGCAUUCCCUCGCCAAGGCCUGAAGCCAAAGAAGGAGGCGAAAACGGGGCCAAGGCACCACCCGGGCCAGGAGGUGACUCGGGCGCAGAACCAGCAGUCAAGUUGGAAGAGGCUCCUACACCCCCCGACGCUCCCCCCGCUCCCCCCAACAACCCCGCUCCUGCAUCCAGCCCAUCGCCCGAGGCAGCUCCCGAGCCGCCCAGCAGCGAGGAGAAGGUGCAGGAGGAGCUGGUGGUGGACGUGGUGAAAACGGAGGAGCCGGAGGAGAAGGUGAGCGAGGAGCCCUGCAAGAGCGAGGUGAAGAAGGAGGAGAGUGAAGACAGCCAGGAGAAGGACAAGGGGAAUGACAAGAAGGCGGAAAGUGGCGUUGGUGGCGGAGGGACAGCAGGGACGGAGGGGACGCCCAAGGCUGAGAAGAAGGAGAGUCAUAAAGGCAACAAAGGUGCCGGGGUGAACCCCGACAGCGACUCCAGUGCGACCUGCAGCGCGGACGAGAUGGACGAGCAGGAUGCUGUGGACAAGAGCAGGUUGCUGUCCCCCCGGCCCAGCCUGCUCAACGCUGCCAGCGAUGCCAGGCUGAACUCCUCGCCGCAGAAGCCGCUGGACCUGAAGCAGCUGAAGCAGCGAGCGGCUGCCAUCCCUCCCAUCAUCUCCGAAGGUUUCUCGGAGGGGAUGUUGCAGAGUGGAAGUGUGAAGCCUCCGGUGCCUCCCCAUGCCCUGGCCCUCUACCAGCAGCAGAUCACAAAAGCCCACGAGUCUGCCCGCGAGGACCUGCCCCCAAACAAGCUGUCGCAGCCCCAGCAGCAGCAGCAGGUGGAGAAGGAGCAGCCGCCGAGCAGCAGCCCCAGGGGAAAGAGCAGGAGCCCCGCUGUCGGUGACAAGGAAGAGAAGUCCCUGCAUUUCUCAUCCAUCGCAGAGGCUCAGAAGCUGAGCACGGAGCUGACGUGCUGGCCCCCUGUCCUGUCCUACACCCGGGAUGUGAUAAAAACCUCUCCCCAGGCGGAGCCCCACUUGUUCCAGUAUAACCCACCAGGACACCCCAUCCCGCUCAACCUGCAUGAGAGCUCUCGCUCGGGGCUGCAGAGACUAGCAAGCAUCUCCAACCCUCCUCCCCUGAUCUCCUCCACCAAGCAUCCCUCUGUGCUGGAGAGACCCGUCGGAUCCAUUUCCCAGGGCAUGCCCAUCCAGCUCCACACGCCCUACAGCUCCGAGCACGCCAAGGUCCCCGCCGGCUCCAUCGCCAUGGGCCUCCCGCUGACCAUGGAUCCCAAGAAACUGGUGCCUUUUCCUGGAGUAAAGCAGGAGCAACUUUCUCCUAGAAGCCAGGCCAGCCAGCCGGAGAGUCUGGUUCUGCAGCCAUCCCAGGAGGGCUCCAUCCUGCGGGGUACUUCCCUCAGCUCUGCCUCAGGAGGGAGCAUCACCAAGGGAACACCUACGUCCAGACCCCCGCCGGAGUCACCCAUCACCUACCGAGGGUCCAUCACACACGGCACCCCGGCAGAAGUGCUGUACAAAGGAACCAUUACCAGGAUAAUCGGAGAAGACAGCCCCAGCAGAGCAGAGAAGGCGCGGGAGGAUGCCAUGCCCAAAGGACAUGUCAUCUACGAAGGGAAGAAAGGCCACGUGCUGUCCUACGAGGGUGGAGUUGCUGCUUCUCAGUGUCCCAAAGAAGACAGCAGGAGCUCAGGAGCUUCUCAUGAGACCACAGGAACCAAGCGGACCUACGAUAUGAUGGAGGGGAGGAUCAGCCGGGGCUUAUCAGCUCGUGAUACCUUAUCUGCCAGCAUUGAAGGUCUCAUGGGUCGAGCAAUCCCUCCAGACCGACACAGUCCCCACAACCUAAAGGAGCAGCAUCACAUGCGGGGCUCAAUUACACAAGGAAUACCUCGGUCCUACGUGGAGGCCCAUGAGGACUACCUCAGAAGAGAAGCCAAACAGCUCAAGAGGGAAAACACUCCACCGAGGGACUUAUCUGAUGCCUAUAAGGUCAGGCCUCAUGAGGGCCUUGCUCCUCUGAAAAUGAAACCAGCCCAUGAAGGCUUGGUGGCCACGGUAAAAGAAGCAGGAAGAUCAAUCCAUGAGAUUCCCCGGGAGGAGCUGAGGCGGACACCAGACAUCUCUCUGAGCAGACCUCUGAAGGAAGGCUCCAUCACGCAGGGUACCCCGCUGAAGUACGACAGCAGCUCUUCCUCCUCGAGUACCAAAAAGCAUGACGUGCGGUCCAUCAUCGGCAGUCCCGGCAGGACUUUCCACCCCGUGCACUCGCUGGACGUCAUCCAAGACCCGAGGAAUCUGGAGAGAGCUUACGAAGAGAGCCUGAAAAACAGGCCAAGCCCAGUGACAAACUCAAGCGGCUCCAUCGCCAGAGGGGCUCCUGUGAUUGUACCCGAGCCAGGCAAGCCCCACCAAAGUGCCCUGGCCUACGAGGAGCACCCCGCAGGGCACAGCGCGGCGUUCGGCAGCCACUUGCACAGAGGCUCUCCGGUCUCCACGCGCGAGUCCACGCCGCGGCAGCACGAAGGGAGCAUCACUGCUGGGAAGCCCGUGUCCCAGGACAGAAAGAUCACCCCCACGUCGAGAGAGCUCACCAACUCCAAGUCUCCGCACGCCCCUGUGCCCGACCACCACCACCCCAUCACCCCGUACGAGCACCUGCUCCGUGGCGUUGACCUGUACCGAGGACACAUCCCGCUGGCCUUCGACCCCGCUGCCAUCCCCAGGGGAAUCCAACUGGAAGCAGCUGCUGCUUACUACCUGCCAAGGCACCUGGCUCCAGGCCCCACGUACCCCCACCUCUACCCCCCGUACCUCAUCCGGGGCUACCCGGACACAGCUGCCAUGGAGAACCGACAGACCAUCAUCAAUGACUACAUCACGUCCCAGCAGAUGCACCACAACGCUGCAGCCACAGCCAUGGCACAGCGGGCAGACAUGCUGCGCGGGUUGUCACCGCGGGAGCCCUCCCUGGCCCUCAGCUACCCAGCAGGCAUCAUUGACCUGUCCCAAGUGCCACACCUGCCCGUCCUCGUGCCCCCCACCCCUGGCACCUCUGCCACCACCAUGGACCGCAUCACCUACAUCCCCGGGCCCCCCCAGACCUUCGGCAGCCGCCACAGCAGCUCCCCGCUCUCCCCAGGAGGCCCCACGCACAUGACCAAACAGUCAGGAUCAUCCGUGUCCGAGAGGGAACGGGAGCGAGAACGGGAGAGGGAGCGUGAAAAAUCCAUCCUGGCAUCCACCACGGUGGAGCACGCACCCAUCUGGAGACCAGGUACAGAGCAGUCCAGCAGCCGUUCGUCCUCGCACUCUCACAGCCACCAGCACUCUCCCGUCUCGCCCCGCACCCACGAGACCAUCCAGCAGCGCCCCAGCGUGCUCCACAACACGAGCAUGAAGAUCAUCUCCUCAGAGACCCCCACCCCUUCCGUCCUGCGCUCCUCCUCCACCACUACCACGUCACCCAUCCGCUCCGCUGCCUUCCCCUCGGCCUCCACCCUGCGCUCCUCCAUCGGCGCGGCCGACGGCUACGCAGCCCUGAUGGACCCGGCCGUGCUGCAGAAAGAGAGGGCACGGGAAGCCAAGGCAGAGCGACCCCAGCCUGACAACAACAUCUUCACCUCAAAGCUGCCCAGUGGGGCCAGCCUCGAACAGUCGCCUUCCCCCAUUAAAGCCAUGGAGUCGAGACCUUUACCCGCCUCCGGACCUGGUUCUUCUCAUCACUAUAGCAGAGGACAGGGGAAAAGCCAGCACCAUCACCCUCUGGACCAGCAGCACACAGCCUCGGGCCCCGAGCAGCACAGUAGAGAAAAGAGUCAAAGUAAAACGUUUUCAAUGCAGGAACAGGAGCUCCGAGCACUGGGUAAGACCACCACAACAGCGGCCAACUUCAUAGAUGUGAUUAUCAUGCGCCAAAUGUCUUGCGAUAAGGGGCAGCGAGAAAGAGGCUCGCUAAGUAACGACUCCACUAGCGAUGGCUUUCACGGAGCCUACAGCCCUGAGCGGAUGGAAGCCGUGAGUCCCGUCAGCUCGCCCAGCCUGGCCCAUGAGAAAGGGGCCAAGCUGCUGCAGGACGCAGAGAAGGGACACGCGGAGCAUGACCUGAGGCAGAAACAAGGCUCACUGAAGGCCUUGGCCCCCGACGCAGCCCACCUGCAGCACCUCCAGCCGCCCGACGGCCCCCAGUGCCAGCCCCUGCAGUCCAGCCAGAGCGCCAAGGGCAUGAACCAGCGUGUGGUCACACUGGCCCAGCACAUCAGUGAGGUCAUCACGCAGGACUACACCCGCCAUCACCCGCAGCAGCUCAACUCACACAUCCCAGCCCCGGUGUACUCCUUCCCCGGGGCCACCUGCCCCGUCCUGGACCUGCGCCGCACCCCCAGCGAGGCGUAUCUGCAGCAGCAGGAGCACGUGGUGGCCUCCAGGAUCUCCCCGCAGAACGAAGGUGGCAAAAGGUCCCCGGAGCAGAGCAAAGCCUCAGCCGGGAGCGGGUCGGACAACUGUAUCGAGCCGGUCUCUCCACCAGUCGGCGUGGGAGAAUCGGAGCACGGCAAGAGCACCACGUACCCGAUCCUGUACCGCGAGGGCGAGCAGAUAGACCAGAGGAUGGGGUCCAAGUCCCCAGGAAACAACACUCAGCCUCCAGCUUUCUUUAGCAAGCUGACUGAGAGCAACUCUGCCAUGGUGAAGUCCAAGAAACAGGAGAUCAUCAAGAAGCUCAGCACGACCAACAAAAACGAGACAGAGUACAAUGUUGGGCAGCCUGGGACAGAGAUUUUCAAUAUGCCGGCGAUUACCGGAGCAGGGCUAAUCAGUUGUAGGAGCCAGUCGGUCCAAGAGAAUUCCAGUACCAACAUGGGGUUGGAGGCAAUAAUUAGGAAAGCCCUAAUGGGUAAAUAUGACGAGCAGUGGGAAGAGCGCUCACCUCUCAGUGCCAAUGCUUUUAACUCUCUGAAUGCCAGUGCAAGCCUGCCCGCUGCUAUGCCCAUAACUCCUGCUGACGGACGGAAUGAGGACGUGCGCUCCUUGCCAGGAGGAGGGGGAAAGCCAAAGAUCGCUGCCAGGCCCAACAGCCGCAAGGCCAAGUCCCCAGCGCCGGGGCUGUCCUCGGGCGAGCGGCCGCCCUCCGUCUCCUCGGUGCAUUCGGAGGGUGACUGCAACCGGCGGACACCCCUCACCAACCGCGUCUGGGAGGACAGGCCGUCAUCCGCAGGUUCGACGCCGUUUCCCUACAACCCGCUCACCAUGCGGCUCCCCAGCGGGGUGGUGACACCGGCCCCCGCCACCCCCCUGCCACAGGGGACCCCCGGCAGCCAGCACCACGCCUGGGACGAGGAGCCCAAGCCCCUGCUCUGCUCCCAGUACGAAACCCUUUCGGACAGCGAGUGAAGGGAGCCAGGGGCAGGGAGAUGGCGACCAAACCCAGGGCACGGGGAGCCAGCGGGACACCCAGGGCGAGCACCCAGCGCCCCGGCCCCGCCGGCUCUCACGUGCGAAGACGCAGGAGCAGAGCUAUUUUAUUUGUUUCUUUUCCUUUUUUUUUUUUUUUUUGUUUUUUUUCCCUUCCCCUCCCAACCAGCCAGUUUGGGGUAAUGUGUUUUUUUAUUAUUAUUUUUUGUUUGAAUUUUUUUUUUGUUAACAUCUGGAAAUGUCUGCAUCCUCUUCAGUCUGAAAAAGAAAAAAGCCUUAACGAGACAAAACCCAAGGAACCCAUCUUCGAUCUUGGCAACCGUGCCGGGCGGUGACCUCGGCGCUCGCGAGGGACUGUGAGCGGGGUCGAGCGAGGGGCUGCGGGAUGCUCCCCCGCAUCCCCGCCGUGCCGCAAACCUGCAGAACCUUGCGCGGGUUAAAGAAAAAGGAAGACAAGAAUAAGUUUUAAGAAUUGAAAUAGGAAGGAACGUCCCGGUUGGGUUCCCUUGUGCCCACGUCGUCAGCCCUGGAGUCAUCUCAAGAGGCUUCGAAUUUGGCUGGGAUGAGCGGGCAGGGGAGGGAGGAAGGAGCUAUUGCUUAAAAAAGCCCUGGUCCCUUUGGUGGAAGCGACCCCGGGCUGAAAGGGGAGCAGGGACAGGGGUGUCCCCAGGCUGAAAGGCGAGUGGGGACAGGGUGUCCCCAGGCUGAAAGGGGAUUGGGGACAGGGGUGUCCCCGGGCUGGCUCGCGCGCUGCCCACGAGGGGCUCGGUUGCUUUAAGUGCAUUGUUGUUUUCUGAACGGUGAGAAAAAGGCAAUUGUAAAUUGUAUUGGUCUACAGGGUAUAUUUUUGAUACCUUCGGUGAAUUAUGUCGAUAUUUUACGCAAGGAAGGACUUAAAACACAGUGUUACAUGCUGUAAAAGAGGUUCUGUUCUUACGUGCAGGCUUUGAUGCGUUUGUCCAUUGUAUGGAAAGGUUAAAAAAACAAAAAAGAAGGUAACAAUGAUCCAUUGAAGUUAUCUGUAAGUCAGGAGAAUGUAUGAACUUAGUUUAAAAAAUAAUAAUAAUAAUAAUAUCAAAAUCUUGCCAUGGUUGCAGGGCCCCCCGUUCCACACCCCUUUGCUGACUCGGCAGGAAUUGUUCGCUGGUUGUAGCCGUGGAUGGUGCGGAGCCCCCCGGGCAGGGCAGAGCGGGCAGGAGGCCGGGGGGGCUGGGACUGCACAGGACACCGAAAAAAGACACACACACAAAAACAAAAAAAGGUUAAAAAAGGCAAAAAAAAGUUUUUAUUGUAUUUUUGUGAUACACACGAAUGCUCUACUUUACGUUAUUUUUUUCAUUCCAUGACGUUGGCUCAUAUCUGCAGUUACAUGGUUAAAGAACAAAAUAUUAGACUCUUUUUUCAUUCACUUCUGCUUUCUCGCUCUGGGAGGAAAAAAACAAAACAAGGCAAAAACCCCACAGAAAUAUGUAUUAAAUGCUUCGCAUUCUAUACGUAGAGGAACCCAGAGCUCGGCACAGACUUUGCGGCUCCGGGGCGGCCGGGCGGGCAGCAGCUCCUGCAGCCCCGCGUCCCCCACGCGGCUCCGGCGCCGUCACCUCCCCGCGGAUCUUUCUUCUCUCCCUGCAACGUUCCCAGGUUGAUUCUGAUUUCAAAGCAAGAGAAUGAUGGUGUUUGUUGUUUGUUUGGGGUUGGUUUGUUUUUUUCCUUGGGUUGGUUUUUUUUUGUUUGUUUUUUGGUUUUUUGUUGUUUUUUAUUUUACAAUGUACAGGUUUUUAAUGUUCAUCAAUGUUUAUGUCUUUUCUGUUGUGCUUUUUUUUUUUUUUUUAAGAAAAAAGAUCCAAGACAAUGCACAAGCGAUGUGGGAGUCUUUCCAUUCCCAGGUUAUUGCUGCUGGUGUCUCUGGCUCUGAGAUAUAAAAACUAACAGAGCUGAUGUCUGGGCAUAACGCUAUUAAAGUGUUGCAGGUUUUGCUGGGGCGGGGAGGGGGAAAAAGUCCAAAUCCGACCCAUCUUCAAAGCCGCCUCCGUAACCUUUUCAGAAAAAAAAAUAGAAAACAAAAAACACAACAAAGAAUAAAGUUCCCACUUGGCACAGUA